GCAGUAUACAGGUAUACUCAUGAAUUGCAUCAGAAUACAAACCAACCCAUUAAAUUAAGAUCACAAGGCAUUGCAUUUCCAUCCACAUGAGCUUGGCAAAACCACAAGGCAACAUGGACAAGUGUCCCCUUCCUCAAACUCCUGCAAAUACAAAUAUUUUGUUAGGUGGCUUCUCCCCCCAGCCAUCUCGCCAAAAUUGCCUCAGCCACUCAUGUGUGCCCAAGUGGAGAAUCUCCCUCUGCCAGCUUGGACUCUCUCACCCCUUCCUUGCCUUGUUGCUUUGGUUGGACAGCCUACACUUAACCACAUUCCAAUGCCAAUGGCGUCCUCCUAUAUAUAUAUAUUCAGCACAUACACCAAAAGGGGCGGAGCACAAGCAACAAUAACAUAUACUCCACAUAUCCAGCUCCCCUAUUGUCCCUUCAUCGCUGCCACCGCCACCAACAACGACGACCCCUGCAAGAACAAGAAGCAACAACAGGAGGAAGAAGUACAAGCUUCGGCUCGACUGGCUCCCAUUCUUGCGGCGGCACCGUCAAGCUCGCGGGAGAAUGGGGGUGACCGGGGAAUGGCAACGGGGGCCGGUGAUUGGCCGUGGCGCGUCGGCCACAGUGUCAAUCGCCACGGACCGGCGCACGGGCGACGUGUUCGCGGUGAAGUCCGUGGAGAUCGCGCGCGCCGGCGUGCUCGAGCGCGAGCAGAGUUUACUCUCUGCUCUGAGCUCGCCGUACGUCGUGUCGUGCCUGGGCGCCGACGUGUCGGUGGCGGCGGACGGGAGUGGACGGAUGUGCUACGACCUGUUCUUGGAGUACGCACCGGGCGGAUCGCUGGCCGACGAGAUCAAGCGGUGCGGCGGUCGGUGCGAGGAGGCCGUGAUACGGUCGCGCGCGGCAGACAUCCUCCGCGGGCUGGCCUACGUGCACGGCGCCGGCGUCACGCACUGCGACGUCAAGGGCCGGAACGUGCUGCUCGGCGCCGACGGGCGCGCCAUGCUCGCCGACUUCGGGUGCGCGCGCUGGAUGGCGGACGAGGACGGCAAUGCCGGCAUCGGGACUGGUGGGACGAUCGUCAGGGGCACGCCAAUGUUCAUGUCGCCGGAGGCCGUGCGUGGCGAGAUGCAGGGGGCGGCAGCCGACAUCUGGGCGCUCGGGUGCACGGUGAUCGAGAUGGCCUCCGGCGGCGCGCCGUGGCAGCAGCGGUUCGCCGACCCCGUCGCGGCUCUCCACCACGUCGCGCACUCCGGCGACGUCCCUCAGCCCCCCGCCUGGCUCUCCGACGAGGCGAAGGACUUCCUGUCCCGUUGCUUGAUCAGGGACCCGGCCAAGCGGUGGACUGCGGAGCAGCUUCUCCAGCACCCGUUCGCCGCGUCCUCCUCGGCGCCCAUGGAUCCCGCCGCCGCCAAGGCUUCGCCGAUCGAGCUCCGGGUGUCGCCCAAGAGCGUCCUCGACCAGGCAUUCUGGGACGAUUCCGACUCCGACACGACGGGGGCGCUCAGACCCGCCGACCGCGUCCGCGCGUUGGCAUACGACGCCGCGGCCGACUGGACCUGGAGCGGCGAGCACUGGAUCACCGUCUGCGCGCACACCGGCAUCGGCGACAACUACAACGACACGACAGCAUCAGCAGGAUUCGAGGCGGACGCCGGAAGCAGCAGCACGGGAGUGUCCGAGGACCAAAUUGGCAGUGGCGGCGGCGGCGAGCACAUGCGCGUGGACGCUCCCGACGGCCACGCCUCGUCACAUGGCCACCAUCACGGCAGCUCAGCGUCUCACGCGAGCUCUGGCAGUGGUAGUAGCUCGUCUGGCUGUAACAGCGUGAUUAGCGGCAGUAACAAUGACAGGUGUUGUAGCCAUAGCAGUAAUUUCGCAAGUUCUCGUGAUUGGCAUGCGCCGUUCGGGAGAAGGAAUUUGGCAGCGACGGCAGAACAGAUUGGAGAUUGUGGCUUUUGCCGCGAUGGUAACAACAAUAUGAUGCAAGCUGAGGCCAUGGUACGGCAUGGGACCGCAGUGCACGACGGGCCGCCAACCCCGUCGGCGUUCAGCUUCCCACAGACCUGA